AUGGAUAAAGAUUCUCUCAAUGUGGAUCCGGAGAUUCUGUCCAGCGCUGAAGGCCAAUUGCAAGAUAUUACUCUCGAUGCUACGGCUCGAAAUAUCGCUCUCAUCAACCAUGCCAUUGAAAGCAUUGGUUUUGGAAAAUACCAAAUCCGCUUAUUCUUUACCUGCGGCUUUGGCUUCUUCGUCGACCAGAUGCUUGCUGUCUCCGUAGGCUUGGUCCUCCCCCAAAUCACCAAGCAAUGGGACACCAAAUACCCCAGCAUGCUCACCGCGGCUUUAUAUUCGGGGUCUCUGGUGGGCGCUCUGGGAUGUGGUCAUGCAGCAGACAUGAUCGGACGCAGGCUGGUCUGGCAGAUUUCUCUGUUCGUCGUGACCAUCUUCACGAUGAUUGCGGCCGCAUCUCCGAACUUUGCAGCGCUGGCGGCCUUCAUUGGAUUGCAGAUGGUGGGAGGGGGUGGAAAUAUUGCCCUCGACUUGACGGUAUUCAUCGAAUGGCUGCCAAAUUCCAAGGACUACAUGCUUACGGCGCUUGGGAUGUGGUUUGGCGUUGGGAACGCUGUCGGGGGACUCCUGGCCUGGCCCCUGAUUAUCUAUUUCUCGUGCCCCGUCGACGCUACGCCUGCAACUUGCAGUAACGCCGAGAAUAUGGGUUGGCGAUACCAGUACAUCCUCAUCGGCGGACUAUGUUUCGUCCUCGCCGUAAUACGUGUCUUCUUCAUGAAAAUGGAAGAGUCAACAAAGUGGCUCGUCUCCCAGGGAAGAUUCGAAGAAGCCAUCGACAGUCUCCGAAAAGUAGCUGAGACCAACAACUCGGAGCUCCCGAUUUCCUCGCAGGACUUCUAUCCCAUUGCCGACACUCCCCAAGUAGAGUCCCGGACGCAGAAAGCCCAGACCCAACUAUCACAUAUCCGGUCCCUCUUCGUCACCCGCAAGCUAGGGAUCUCGACUACAGGUGUCAUCCUUCUCUGGACAGCUAUCGGCAUCGCGUACCCCCUCUACACUCUCUUCCUCCCAAUCUACCUGCAAACCAACGGCGCCAACCUCGGCUCCGGCUCCACCUUCCAAACCUACCGCGACUACUGCAUCUCCUCAUCCAUCGGUAUCCUCGGGCCCAUCCUCUCCACCCUCCUCGUGAACGUCCGCUUCCUGGGCCGCCGACGAUCCAUGGCGCUGACGGCGAUCUGCGCGGGGGCGUUCGCAGGGGCAUUCACGACUGUGCGGAGCGAGGGCGCGAACAUUGCGUUCUCAAGCCUCGUGAAUUUCUGGCAGCAUGGGUAUUAUGCGAUUUUGUACUCAUAUACACCGGAAGUCAUGCCGACUGCUUCCCGCGGCACGGGAUGCGGCACGGCAGUCGCGUUCGGUCGGUUGGCGUCUCUGGCGUCGCCGUUUGUGGCUACGUUUGCGGAUACGGCGACGUCGGUGCCCAUUUGGGUGUGUUUGGGGUUGUAUGUGUUUAGUGGGGUGGUGGCUUUGGGGUUGCCGUUUGAGCCGAGGCAUUUUGAUGAUGAGGAGAGGUUUUGAGGUAUUCAG